AUGGAUCCGACAACUCCGGCCGCGCUCCGAUGGCGUCGAUCGGUCUCUGACGCCGUCGACGGCGUUGUUUCGAAUCUUCCUGCUCCAGAAGACAAAUCAAAAUUACCGUUGGUUUACGGUGGUUCCACUAAGCCAGCGGCGGCGGCGGCGGCGAUGUCGGAGCCGGUGGUGGUCGUGGGCGGGUGGGCGAGCCCGUUCGUGUCGCGAGUGUGCAUCGCGCUCAGGCUCAAGGGCGUGGAGUACGAGUUCCUCCAGGAAGCGGUGGGCAGGAAGAGCGAGCUGCUGCUCAGGUCCAACCCCGUGUACAAGAAGAUGCCCGUGCUCCUCCACGGCGGUCGCCCCGUCUGCGAGUCCCUGGUAAUCCUGCAGUACGUCGACGAAGCUUUCUCCGCCGCCGGGAAGCCCAUCCUUCCGGCCGACCCCUACCACUGCGCCGUCCACCGGUUCUGGGCAGAGUAUGCCGACUCCAAGCUCCAUUCACCACUUCGGACAUUGAGAGGUAUGGUCGGCGGCGACAAGGCUCAUGCCGCGGAGCAGGUGUCCGCCGCGCUCCGGCAGCUGGAGGAGGCCUUCGUGGAGUGCAGCUGCGGGAAGCCCUACUUCGGUGGGGAUGACGUCGGCUUCCUGGACAUCGUCGUUGGCUCCUACAUCGGGUGGUUCGGAGCCGCAGAGAGGAUCGCUGGGCUUCCCGUCCUCGACGAGGUCAGAACGCCGCGGCUGGCGGCCUGGGCGGUGCGGUUCUGCGCGCACGAAGCCGUCGGGGACCUCGUGCCCGACGCCGCCAGGCUCGUUGAGUUCGGAGAGGUGCUCCGCGCGGCGCUGGCGGCCAACGCUUCCUCCCGGCCGUGA